CAAACUUCCUGUCGUGUCUUUGAGUACGCUGCCAUUUUGAAACGGCAGUGCUUUUUGUUCGUGUGGAGCGUCUGCUCGUUGCAGAGUUUAGAUUGUGGUUUAGGAAAGUUUAGUUUUAUUUUACAAAGAACUCUAUCAAUAUGAGCUGGCAAGAUUAUGUCGAUAAACAGUUAAUUGCAUCAAGAUGUGUUACAAAGGCUGCGAUUGCCGGUCACGAUGGAAAUGUCUGGGCUAAAUCGGAAGGCUUCGAUAUAUCAAAAGACGAAGUCGGAAAGAUAGUGGCCGGUUUCGAAAAUGAAUCACUCCUUACAAGCGGCGGCGUGACGAUAGCGGGCACGCGGUACAUCUACCUCAGUGGAACAGACCGCAUAAUACGCGCAAAACUUGGCAAGGUCGGCGUGCACUGCAUGAAGACACAGCAAGCUGUUGUAAUUUCUCUCUAUGAAGAACCGAUCCAACCCCAGCAAGCCGCAUCUGUAGUGGAGAAGUUAGGAGAAUAUUUAAUUACCUGUGGUUAUUAGAGAUCGAAGCGCGCGUGAUCUAAGAAUAAGAUAAUAUUUUUCCACAGGGAAAUAAGUAACUGCAUUUUGUAUAUUCUAUAAAAGUGAUAAGGACCGUCAUUUGUUUUGAUAUUUGAUAAAUUAUGGCGCCAUCAGUGUCUGAUGCGUUUAGUAUCCAUGUGCAGAUGUAAUUACUUUGUGAAUUUUGGACUCUUUUUUUUUUAUACGCUCACCGUUUUCACAGAGUAAUUGUUUCUGUAUAAUGAUUUUAUGUAUUUAAAAAAAAUGCUUUUAUCGACCUAUACAGUAAAGCUAAAUAAGUGGCUUUGCAAUAAGGUCUCGAGGCAUGAUGUAUAGAGAUUUUUUUAAAAAUUUCUUUUCAAGUUGUCUGACACUUCAUAUUUUUUACAUCUAAAAUGAGUUAUUACUUGUAACUGUGGUUAUGAAUAACUCACUGUCAACCUUAUUUAUAUAAAAUUAUGAAAUUCGAAUCGGCAUUGCAACCAGACGCUUGACAAGAAAUUAUAAUAACCACGUAAUGAAAUUACUGUAACAAUAUACAACAUUAUUAUAUAUGUAAUUACAAAUAAGCAUUUGUGUAAGGGCUUGUUACAAAAUGAAAGACACUGUAACCCAAGAAUACAUGUAACGAUUUUAAUUGAAAAAUCUCUAGUCCCACUGGAACCAUCGUGUGAGAACUAAUACGACAGUGAGGCGAGUGGGGGGAAGGGACGCGCUCCCUUAGGCCCUUCGCGUACGCCAUUACUUCGCUAUGCUUCCCUUUUUAUUACGCUGCGUUUAUAAUAUUGUGUAGUGAAUAAUAAACAUUUUGCAUUCUGUUUUAUUCUAUUCUAUCUCUUAGCUGCAGAAUCUAGAAGCGCUCAAUUAUAAUCCUGUAUCCUCAAACAAGGCUUGCAGUAAUCGAAGGGUGCAUAUUGUUUAUAUUUGAUAUUACUACUAUAGCUUUGUACAUUGUUUCUGAUAAGCGAUGGGAACUGUGUCUAUCUAAUAAUAAAAUGAUUUGUAUUAUA